AUCGCAUUGUGUGUGUCUGCUCUGCUGUUCCUCUUCUCCUCGCCGCCGCCGGCCGGCCGCCCGCUUUGCUUUACCACCACCACCUCGCCCUCGCCUCCUCCCUCUUCCAUUCAAAGCUCCAACUGAAUACGCGUUUCCUUUCCGCAUUGCAACACUCGAAAGCGAAAGCGAAAGCAGCUCCAGCUAUAAAGGCUGCCUCCCUCACCAUCUUCCCUUCCUCUCGUCCUGCUCUGCUCUCCACUCCACUGCCUGCUGCUGUGCUUCCUCCUUCCGCCAGAUCUAGAGGAUCCACUCUUCUUGCGCUCCGGCCGCGACAAUGGCGGCACCUCCGCCCGCGCCAUUCCUCCUCCUGCUCGCCGUGGCGGCAGCGUCACUCGCCGGCGCCGACGACCCCUACCGCUACUUCACCUGGACCGUCACCUACGGCCCCAUCACCCCGCUCGGCACCACCCAGCAGGGCAUCCUGAUCAACGGGCAGUUCCCAGGCCCACGCAUCGACUGCGUCACCAACGACAACCUCGUCGUCACCGUCCUCAACGCCCUCGACGAACCUUUCCUCCUCACCUGGAACGGCAUCAAGCAGCGCAAGAACUCGUGGCAGGACGGCGUCGCGGGCACCAACUGCGCCAUCCCGCCGGGGGCCAACUACACCUACCAUUUCCAGACCAAGGACCAGAUCGGCACCUUCUUCUACUUCCCUUCCCUCGCCCUCCACCGCGCCGCCGGCGGCUUCGGCGCGCUCAACGUCUACCAGCGCCCCGCCAUCCCCGUCCCGUACCCGCCACCCGCGGGGGACUUCACGCUCCUCGUCGGUGACUGGUACGCCGCCGCCUCACCCCACGUCGACCUCAGGAACGCGCUGGAUGCCGCCACCGGCGGCGCCGCGCUCCCGCCGCCCGACGCCCUGCUCAUCAACGGCGCGCCGUCCGGGGCAGCCACGUUCGUCGGGAACGGCGGCGGGACGUACCUGUUCCGGGUGUCCAACGUCGGGCUCAGGGCCUCCGUCAACGUCCGGAUCCAGGGCCACGCGCUGCGGCUGGUGGAGGUGGAAGGGACACACCCGGUGCAGAACGUCUACGACUCCCUCGACGUCCACGCCGGCCAGUCGCUCGCGUUCCUCGUCACGCUGGACCAACCGCCGCUCGACUACGCCGUCGUGGCGUCCACGCGCUUCACCAACAACGAGUCCGAGCUCACGGCCGUCGCCACGCUGCACUACGCCGGCGCCACGGCCCGCGCGCCGGGGCCACUUCCUCCGGCCCCGGCUCCGUUCGACUACGGCUGGUCCCUGAACCAGGCGCGGUCCUUCCGGUGGAACCUCACGGCCAGCGCGGCGCGCCCCAACCCGCAGGGCUCGUUCCACUACGGCGCCAUCCCGACGUCCAGGACGCUCGUGCUCGCCAGCAGCUCAUCCGCGCCCGCCGGCGGCCGGAGGCAGUGCGCCGUCAACGGCGUGUCGUUCGUCGUGCCCGACACGCCGCUCAAGCUCGCGGAUAACUACAACAUCGCCGACGUCAUUGACUGGGACACGCUCCCCGCUCGGCCCGACGCCGCCGGCGCCGGCGCGGUGGCGCCGCGUGCUGGGACGCCCGUGCUUAGGCUCGGCCUGCACGAGUUCGUCGAGGUCGUGUUCCAGAACACGGAGAGCGAGCUGCAGGCGUGGCACCUCGACGGAUACGACUUCUGGGUUGUAGGGUACGGCGAUGGCCAGUGGAAUGAGACGCAGCGGCAGACAUACAACUUGGUCGACGCACAAGCAAGACACACAGUUCAGGUGUAUCCGAACGGGUGGUCGGCGAUCCUGGUGUCGCUGGACAACCAGGGGAUGUGGAACCUGAGGUCGGCGAUCUGGGACCGGCAGUACCUCGGCCAGCAGCUCUACCUCAGGGUGUGGACGCCGCAGCAGAGCUUCUCCAAUGAGUACGCCAUCCCGACCGACGCCAUCCUCUGUGGGAAGGCGGUCGGCCUUCCACACUGACAGAACAAGAUUCCGCAGCAUACUGCAUUGUCCAAGGCUUUGGUUCGUCAGAUUGUUCGUCGCCCGGUACAUGUCGAGUAGAAUAAACCAUACUACUACUUAUAUAUAGCUGAAAAAUCAAGAUUGAUAGGUCACAGGAGUGUUUUGUUGUAGGCAGAACUCAAAUGCGCUGCUCCAGUAUUCUUUGAUGGUGAUGAUGUAUGUGAUUUUUGUUCCUUGUAGUUUGCCUGUGGAUAAGAAAUACCUCAGGCAGCUGAAUGUUGAAGGUGUCCAAUGAUCUUCUCCAUGCAUUGUUGAUGAAAGAUUCAAAAAUAUCUACAAGCUAUGGUUUUAAUUUA